AUGGAGGCGGAAUCGCCGGCCGACGGCUUCGACUUUUUGAACUUUCUCGAUCGGCUGCUUUCCGUGAACGACGUCACCCAGGCCUCGCUGACACGGUGCGUGAGAGAGGGCGAGAUCGAGGUCGUGAUCGCGGCAUGUCGGAAAAUUGUGAUGGGCCAACCGGCCUUUCUGCAGUUGGACCCGCCUAUUAAUAUUUGCGGCGACUUACACGGGCAAUACGUGGACCUGUUGCGCGUCUUCAACCGCUGCCACUACCCGCAGAGCACCAACUACCUCUUUCUCGGCGACUAUGUCGAUCGUGGGAAGCAGCAGCUGGAGACGAUUUGCUUAUUGAUGGUGUACAAGAUCAAGUUCCCGGAUUCGUUCUUCUUCUUGAGGGGCAACCACGAGAGCCGCUCAAUCAAUAAAGUCUACGGUUUCUACGACGAGUGCAAGCGGCGCUACUCGCUGCGUUUAUGGGAAUCUUUUUCAGGUAUU